AUGUCGCGGGGCAGCAACGCGGAGAGGCGAGACGAAAGAUUACGGGUUCCAGACGAUGAUCGAAAAUACAUCACCAAAACGGAAUCUGGCAAGAAUUACAUCAUUGAUCAGCGAAAACCAAGAUACGAUGUCAACGAGCCUCUUUCACGAGACGCAACACCGGAACACUACAAGAAAUCAAGAAAAGACCAAAAGAAGUCGAGCCGACAUUGA